UUCCUUCAGCCUAACCUUGGCACUCCUAAACCUUCAUCCAUUGCGGGGCAGCCCUGGUUAAUGGCUAGCAUGGCUACCAGGGUUCCUCAUGGGCACACACAUGCUCAUGGGGACAGUGUUGGACCGGCACUGCGCUAUCAACACUAAAGGGAGGGUUGGCAUGCGGGCUUGGCUCAAGCAUGACCCUUCUCCUCGCCAACCCCUUGCCCAAGAUGAUCGAGUUAUCUCAUUGCCCCUAAUGUAUGGGUGUAUUCCGACCCAAGCGAUUGCCUAUCAUCAUGGCACACAAGUGCUUGUCAUUAUCGGCAUACAGGAGACCCUUCACAUCGGUGCCAAGUCACCUUUUCGGCGCACAGUUGCCUUGCAUUAUAGUCGUCCCCCUUUAGCACGUAAGUGGCGCCUCCCAUGGACUGGUAUGAUCCAGCAGAGUGCCUCGGCCAUUGGACUUGAGGUUAUGAUCCAGUGCUACUGACUUUGGUGGAGCCAUCCCAUCAAGCAACUCUUAGCCUCUAAGCAUAUUAAAGCUUGUCUUGGGCUACCUUGGCUUGGACGCCGCAGGGUUUCUUCCGCUGUACCCGUGACAACUCUGCAUCGAACGCUGAACUGCCAUCACGAGCCGCCCUGCAAGCCACUCGCCGAAGACGCCUCCCAUGACAUCGUUAUCCGAUUCUUGUUUCCUUGUCUUUUUCAUCUCGUUACUGCUCUUGGGUCGUCGAGUCCGUCCCGAGCUGACACAGGACAAGCAAGCGCUCUUAGAUUUCAUCUCCCUAACCCCUCACGCGAAUCGUCCUCAAUGGAACUCAUCCGCCUCUGCCUGCUCUUGGGUUGGAGUCGAAUGCGACACCAACCAGUCGCAUGUCGUCGUCCUCCGUCUCCCCGGUGUCGGUCUUGUGGGCCCGAUCCCACCCAACACCCUCGGCCGUCUCUCCCAACUACGUGUUCAUAGUCUCCGGUCCAACCGUCUCUCAGGUGAGAUCCCUGCUGAUUUCUCUCAGCUGAAGCUUUUGCACAAUCUGUACCUCCAGCACAAUCUUUUCUCCGGUGUUCCAUCAGGUUUGACUUAGCUGACUCGGCUGACACGUUUGGACCUCUCGUUCAAUAACUUCAUCGAGAAGAUACUGUUUUCUAUCAACAAUAUUACGCGUUUGACCGGACUGUUCCUCGAGAACAACAACUUCUCCGGUAGUCUCCCCAGCAUCAAUCUCUCCGGUUUAGUCAACUUCAAUGUGUCUAAUAACAAUAUCAAUGGUUCCAUCCCCGAUACCCUAGCAAAAUUCCAGCCGGAUUCGUUCUCCGGCAAUCCAAACCUAUGUGACAGACCGUUGAGCCCCUACAACCCAUUCUUCGUCUCCCCGGUUCCGUCGCCGACAUCAAACGUCCCAGUAGUAGCAAAGCGGUCUAAGAAGCUCUCUACAGGGCCAAUUAUCGCGAUUGCUGUUGGGGCGGGCAUAAUUCUCCUACUUUUGCUUCUGCUUCUUUUACUCUAUUUGUGGAAGCGGCAACGGAAAGAAAACACUGCAAAGCCUCCAAAGGCGGCACCUCGAUUGGUGGUUACAGAAGCGGGCACUUUGUCAUCGAAGGACGACAUCGCCGGUGGGCCAGCGGAAGCCGAGAGGAACAAGUUGGUGUUUUUCGAGGGUGGGACUUACAAUUUCGACUUGGAGGAUCUGUUGAGAGCUUCAGCCGAGGUUUUGGGGAAAGGUAGCUUCGGUACUUCGUACAAGGCAAUACUGGAAGAAGGGACGACAGUGGUGGUGAAGAGGCUGAAAGAUGUAACAGUGGCUGGGUUCACUGCUUGCUGCUGUUGUGAUUCAUCUUGAACUGGGGAGUGUUCCAGAUCUCGGCAGUGACGAAACAGAGAACGGAAGAAGAGGAUAAGGGAGUGGAAGACAAAAGAGAGAGAAAGAAAGAGAGGAUGGGAGGCUAGAGGGGAACGACUCCGUAUCACUUGUAAUGCAACAUAAGCUGGGUAUUUUGGUUAUCUAGAGUUUUUCUCUUGUCGCCGGUGUCAAUAGUUGCCGGUGGCUGUUGGUCGCCGCCGGUUGGAGAGGGAGAGUGAGAGUGAAGACGGUGGAUUCGGUUCAGUGUGGCGAGAGAGUGAAUAAGAGGAACUGAGAGAGAGGAGCGGAAGGAUUUCACUUUGCACGUUUUAAGCACGCGCACGUUUCAAGGACUCGUGGCGCGUUCUCAUGCUGCACGAACGGUGCCCUGACUGAAGCCGGACUCAAAUAAAACGGCCAAAACUGUUGAUUGUAUCUACGAACCAACGGUUUAACCACCCAUAUUAAUAAACUGUUGACCAAAUCAAUGGUCUUUGGCCCAAAAAAUAGUUUUAGGAUGAAAUACAACCGGUUCCCUAAUCAGUUUCUGAGUCAAUCAGUCCCACCAUCCGGUCCACGGGUCCAGUCCAAUUUUCAAAACCAUGGUGUAAAAUGAAUAUUUCUUAGAAAAACAACAUAAUGUUGCUGCCACAUUGACGCCAUGUCGUCCAACUGUUACCGCUUAGCAGGAUAUUUCACAGAGACUCAUGUGAAACGCUUAGCAGGAUAUUUCUCAAAUUCCAAGGCAAAGUAUGAAAAAACGCUGAA